AUGCCAGGCGGAGGGAUACGGAUACAAAACCGCAUCGCCUCACUUGUUGGGACGGCGUUGCUGCGGCGCUUCCAGGGCCCCACGCAGGCUGUCACGUUGGGCUGUUGUUCCCGUGCGUACCUUGCGGUCACGCCGUGUUGCCUGGGGCGGAGAAUCAAAGGUAGGCGGACGAGGCACCGUGAGCCGACGGAGGGUGACUGGCUGUGCCAAUGCGGUGAGUUAAAUUAUAAGUCUAAACGCGAGUGCUUCAAGUGCGGCGCGCCUGCCCCGCCGCUUCCGCCUGGCGUUCGUCGGCCUUCGUUGCCCGGCGAGGACCCGCACGACUGGGCGUGUCCGUGCGGGCAGAUGAACUUCCGAGGAAGCGUUGUGUGCCAUAAGUGUCAGCAGCCGAAACCGGCGCCACCUCCGCUGCCGGGCAAGGAGGUAACGCUCUGGACAUGUCCAAAGUGCAAAGGCAUCAACCGGAGCAACAGGAAGUUUUGCUUUAAAUGCUCGGCACCCUCGCCACUCCUCACAUUCAAGCCUCUCGUGUAG